AGUGAAUGAUUGAUAGAGGGCCAAAGUGAAAGUUUUGAAAACCACCCAACAACAUAACAACACGGGCAUUAUUUAUGUGUGAAAUCCAAUCCCCAAUGAACUCAGAGAGAGAUAUGGACAUCAACAAAGGUAAAAAGCCUGUCAUAAUCAAGACUGCUGCUGCCGCUGCUUCUUCUUCUGAUAAACACUGUGUGUUUCACAAGAUGCCUAAGUGUGAGGAGGCUGAUGCUGCUUUUGCUCAAGUGAGACAUCCAGCACAUGCUACCGGUGAAGACGCUAGAAGUUUUACUGUUACUACUAGACGUGGUAAACGGACGAUACACCAUUAUGUUGAAGAUAACCGAGAUGCUUUAAGAGCAAGAGAAAGAGCAAGAGCAAGAGCAAGUGCAAGUGCGGCUGGUGAAGACGGCGGCGACGACAACGACGACUAUCGUUAUGCCUUAAAUGAGGAUCCAUAUUUUAAAGACCAUGCUGCACGAGCACUUGCUAAUGGUUGCAAAGUUAAAUUGACAGCAUCAACAAUGGUGAUAGAGCAGAAACCAAAAAGUCGCGAUGAGUAUCAACGCAGCCUGCCACCGAGGUUCCUCCAGAAACUGACUGAGAUGGAAGCCCAGGCCAAGAAAUAGGCCAGAGCCUUUUGGAUCUAUCUGCACUUUCCAAGCAAAGAAGCUUUUUUACUGUCAGGAUGGAUGUAGGAGAAGGUAAAGUAAGUGAAUCUUGUCUAAGAGUGUCCAAGAUGAAGACUUCAACAACAAUGCAUCAAAUAUCUCGACACCGUAGAUCUCUUUACCGUUUUCUUGAUUUUCCAUUUUCAUUACAUUCUAAGAAAAGUUCUUACCAAGUUUUUUUAGAUUUUAAGUUUUAUAUUUUUUGUAAAUGGAAAGGACAUCUUAUGAAGCA